CCUGGAGGAGGAGCUCACCAUCACUGACAGACACGUGUAAAAACAGUCUGUGGCGUGUUAGGUUGAGAAGCAAUAAUCUGGGGGUUCAGAGGUGUUCCAAGGUUGGUCUGUUUGUUCAGAUAGUCUGUCACGUGUCAGAGAUUGUCUUCAAACUCACUACACAGCCAAUGCUGGCCUUGAACUCCUGAUCCUCCUGCCUCCACCUCCUAAGGGCUGGGGUUACAGAGAGGUGCCCCAUCAGUGACUGAACCCAGGCCUUUGUCCUAGCUAGGGAAGCACUCUCAUCAGCUGGGCUAUAUCCCCUGUCCCAGCUCCUGAUUCUUGUGUCCCCAGACAGGGAACUAAGCCACAGCACACAGUUGUAGCAGGAACAGAGACCCGGAGACAUGUUAUUAAGGGAAAAACUGUUCCCAAGGGGGAGGGAGCAGGGCUGGAGAGAAGAGAUUUAGCUGCUCAAACAUUAAAGGUUCACAGAGGACCACGGCUUUUGUCACACAUUGGCCUUUCUGCCCCACUUCCUCAACCGUUCUAUCUGUCCACAGACAACAUCGUAUCUGGUGUGUCUCAUGAGCGCCUUAAAUUUCUGUUCAGAAGUGUGGGCUAUAGGUCCCAGACACUGCAACGGGAGGACCAAGAAGGGCCUUGCAGAGCAGGUGGUAUUUCAUAAGAGACCCAGAAGAGGUCCUCAACAUGCUGAGCGUCCGAUUCUUGGCUCACCGGCUGCUCUGCCUCCAGGGUCGGCACCCCUCGUACUCUACCGUAGCUCCUCUCCCAAACCCAAUCCCAAACCCAGAGAUUCGCUACAACCAGCUGUUCAUCAACAACGAAUGGCGUGAGGCAGUCAGCAAAAAGACCUUCCCCACAGUGAACCCCACCACAGGCGAGGUCAUCGGGCACGUGGCCGAAGGUGACCGGGCUGAUGUGGACCUGGCCGUGAAAGCAGCCCGGGAGGCCUUCCGCUUGGGGUCCCCGUGGCGCAGAAUGGAUGCCUCCGAGCGGGGCCGGCUGCUGAACCGUUUGGCUGAUCUCGUGGAACGGGAUCGGGUGUACUUGGCCUCUUUGGAGACCUUGGAUAAUGGGAAACCUUUCCAGGAGUCUUAUGUCUUGGACCUGGAUGAGGUCAUCAAGGUGUACCGUUACUUUGCUGGCUGGGCUGACAAGUGGCAUGGUAAAACCAUCCCUAUGGAUGGCGAGCAUUUCUGCUUCACCCGGCAUGAGCCAGUGGGUGUCUGCGGCCAGAUAAUCCCAUGGAAUUUCCCACUGGCCAUGCAAGGCUGGAAGCUGGCCCCGGCACUCGCUACAGGCAACACUGUGGUCAUGAAGGUGGCGGAGCAAACCCCGCUUUCUGCCCUGUACUUGGCCUCCCUCAUCAAGGAGGCGGGGUUUCCCCCGGGAGUGGUGAACAUCAUCACUGGCUAUGGCCCCACCGCAGGGGCAGCUUUAGCCCGGCAUAUGGAUGUGGAUAAAGUUGCCUUCACGGGCUCCACCGAGGUGGGCCACCUGAUCCAGAAAGCUGCUGGGGACUCCAACCUCAAGAGAGUCACCUUGGAGCUGGGUGGGAAGAGCCCCAGCAUCGUGCUGGCAGACGCCGAUAUGGCUCAUGCAGUAGACCAGUGUCACGAAGCCCUCUUCUUUAACAUGGGCCAGUGCUGCUGCGCGGGUUCCCGGACAUUUGUGGAAGAAUCCAUCUAUGAGGAGUUUCUCGAGAGGACUGUGGAGAAGGCCAAGCAGAGGAAAGUGGGGAACCCCUUUGAACUGGACACCCAACAGGGGCCUCAGGUGGACAAGGAGCAGUUUGAACGAAUCCUGGGCUACAUCUGGGCUGGUCAGAAGGAGGGGGCAAAACUUCUCUGCGGUGGGGAGCGUUUUGGGGAUCGUGGCUUCUUCAUCAAGCCCACAGUCUUUGGGGAUGUGCAGGACGACAUGAAGAUUGCCAGAGAGGAGAUCUUUGGGCCCGUGCAGCCUCUGUUCAAGUUCAAGAAGAUCGAGGAAGUGAUUCAGAGGGCCAACAACACCAGGUAUGGCCUGGCUGCGGCUGUGUUCACCAGAGACCUGGACAAGGCCUUAUACUUCACCCAGGCCCUGCAAGCUGGGACAGUGUGGGUGAACACCUACAAUAUCGUCACCUGCCACACGCCGUUUGGAGGCUUUAAGGAAUCCGGCAACGGGAGGGAGCUGGGGGAAGACGGGCUUAGAGCCUACACAGAGGUGAAGACAGUCACCAUCAAGGUUCCAGAGAAGAACUCCUGAGAUUGGCCACCUUCCUCGGAGGCCCAGCCAUGUCCUGCAGUUCCGCGACAUCCCGCCAGCGGGUGGAAACAUUUGACUUUGGCCCGAGUUCCAAAUGAAGAGUUACGAAGAGUGUCAGCAAAUAAAGUGGUGAAGUCAGAGCUGUUCUUUUUAAAGUACAGGUGGUGGCUGGGCUCAGAGUGCUCCCCACCUGGGCCCAGGUCCCAGCCUCCCUGAUGACCUUCCUAUUAUUGCCAGGACACCUUAGGAGUCGCUAAAGGUGUAUUUAAAGCCGUUGACUGUAGCCGUAUAGAGGAAUGGUGAAUUGAUCCAGGUGCGGCAUGGAUGAGCCUGAGCACAGAACGCAGAGAGAAAGAAGACAGCCUCGUGCUGAAAUGCCCAAACCUGUAUCCGUAGUAGAAAGCGGAGCAGUGGCCAGCAGGGACUGGGGGGAGGGGAAGAGGGGAAUGGCUGUUUGUGGAUACUGGGCUCCUCUUGAGGAGGUCUUGAAAAUGUUGUGGAAUUGGGCAGUGGACAUGGUUGUAUGACGUUGCAAUUGUACUGAUUUACUACCGAAUUACACUCUUAAUUAGGGUAUGGGAAUGAACUUCAUUUUAAAAUUAAAAUAAGCUCAAUGUUCUAUUUGCAAA